AUUGUUUGUGUAGAUUUACAGACUCAAGCAGCUCUAUUGUCUGGGAUAAUCUGCUGGGUUUAGAUUGUGAAGAUUUAUUCGCUUUAGGUAAAACACAUGGACAUUUUAUAAUCCGAUAAGAGGUUAGAAGAAGCACGUAUCUGUUGUGUUUUUGUCGCUUUAAAGACCUUGUUUUGCCAACGCUAAGUUAUAAGGCACACGAAUUGUCGGGGAAUUGUCCCGUUUAAUCGACUCGAAAAGCAACAGGGCCGUCGUGUAUUAAACAGACAGAAGUCUUAUUUAUUGACAACGAGUUUUGAAAAAGUUUGUCGAUAUGAGGUAACCGGAAGUCAAAUGAAUGGAAAACCAAGACCUCGCACUUCCGGUGCGCAACGACCUCCCAGGUCCUCUCGGACGACUCUUACUGCAAAAGACCACAGGCCUGGGUCUAGUAAAACUCAGAGGGACCAUGUAUCGUCAAUACCUAUAGAUACUAAAUAUCUAAAGAAAGAAUUCAGAAUGACUGUACCCAGGCCCCGUUAUGCCUACUUUACACUCGUCAUGUGCGGCGAUGAGUAUGUUAAGGGGGCUCUAACCCUCGCCUGGUCACUAAGGCAACAAAACACUAAACAUGAACUGGUAGUCAUGGUAACAUCUGACGUCAGUGUAGAGGCACUUAAAUUGCUGCGUAAGGUUUUUAAUCGUGUUCUUAGAGUAGGGUAUAUCAAGACUAAAGUUAAGAGCACCUUGCGAGGGAAGGCAUAUAGAGAUGAGAAUCAGUGGAUCAACUAUAGUCUCACUAAAGCAAGAAUGCUAAAGUACUCUGAAUAUGAUAAGGUCAUGUGGAUGGAUGCUGACUCCCUUGUCAUGCAGAAUAUCGACCAUCUAUUUGAUCUACCAGCUCCUGCUGGGAUAUGCUCCAGUAUAAAGGACCACGACUACUGGCAUGAGAAACACAUAUCAGAAGACUUGGUUCAGAGUUCUAUUGAGAACAACUAUGGGGUACAUGGGUGUGUCAUGCUACUUGAACCAAGACUUGAUCACUAUUUUAUGGCUAGUUCACAGCCGGUUAUAGGGGAUAAAAAAACCUUCAUGGGACCUGAUGAGUUCUUUUUUACUGAGCUAUACAAGAGCAGGUGGCAUCAUAUUCAUGUUAGGUAUGGUUGUACUAGGUGGCAUAUGGAGAGGCUAGGUGCGGCACCUCAUGUUAUACAUUAUGGUGGGGCUAAACCCUGGGAAGAUGGAGACAGAAUACAAGAAUGGGACGGUUUGUGGCACUGGAGAGCUGCAGCAGAUGAAAUGUGUAGAGAAAGACCUGCUUUCUCUGUGCUUUUCAAGAGAGAAAGACCUAAAAGUACUCUAAGCUUGCUGCGAUUGAUCACAGAUCAGUCUUGAACUGGCAAGGCGUGAUAUGAAAUAUCAGAUGUGAAAUYACUCUUUUUCAAAGAUGUAAUAACAGAGCAGAUAAAUAGAAGUGAGAUUGAGGAUUAGUCUUGAUGUUCACACAGAUAAUAUUAAAGGCAGUCAGACAAUAUUAAUAAAUCCUAGAUCAGAUAAUCAGGAGAUAGAUCAAGGAUCAGUCUUAACAGAGAUAAUAUUAAUAGGUCUCACAUCUGAAUGUAGGUCUUAUCAGAUAAUAUUAAUAUAUCAUAGAUCAGAAGUUAGAUCAAAGAUCAGUAAUGAUUCUAACACAGAUAAUAUUAAUAGAGAUAAUAAUAGGUCACAGAUCUGAAUUAGAUCUUAGAGAUAAUAUUAAUAAAUUAUAGAUCAGAAGUUAGAUCAAGGACCAGUCAUGAUUCUAAUACAGAUAAUAUUAAUAGCUCACAGAUGAGAAUGUAGUUCUUAUCAGAUAAUAUCAAUAAAUCCUAGAUCAGAUAAUCAUAAGAUAGAUCAAGGAUCAUUCUUGAUUCUAACAGUUAUGAUAUUAAUAGGUCACAGAUCUGAAUGUAGAUCUUAUUAGAUAAAAUAAUGGAUCAAACUUUCAAUUUACAUCAAUGAGUCUAGAUAUUUAUAUGAAUAAAAACAAAAUAAUUGC